UGCCCCGCGUCUCGGCCGUGUGGUGUGCGCUCCGCAGGCCGCUGCCAGCAUGUCGGGCGUGCGAGCCGUGCGCAUCAGCAUCGAGUCGGCCUGCGAGAAGCAGGUGCAGGAGGUGGGCCUCGAUGGCACCGAGACCUACCUGCAGCCGCUGUCCAUGUCCCAGAACCUGGCGCGCCUGGCGCAGCGCAUCGACUUCAGCCAGGGCUCGGGCUCCGAGGAGGAGGAGGCGGCGGGGCCCGACGGCGACGCGCAGGACUGGGCUGGCGCCGGGGCGGAGCAGGACGACGACGAGGGGUUGGUAAAAUUCCAGCCUUCUCUGUGGCCUUGGGACUCCGUGAGGAACAAUCUGCGAAGUGCCCUCACAGAGAUGUGUGUUCUCUAUGAUGUCCUCAGUAUUGUCAGGGACAAAAAGUUCAUGACCCUGGACCCCGUCUCUCAGGAUGCGCUUCCUCCCAAACAGAGUCCUCAGACCCUGCAGCUGAUCUCUAAGAAGAAGUCCCUUGCUGGAGCAGCUCAAAUCCUCCUGAAGGGGGCAGAAAGGCUGACCAAGUCAGUGACCGAGAACCAGGAAAACAAGCUCCAGCGAGACUUCAACUCUGAGCUCUUGAGACUACGGCAGCAUUGGAAGCUGAGGAAGGUCGGAGACAAGAUCCUGGGCGACCUGAGCUACAGAAGCGCAGGUUCUCUCUUUCCCCAUCAUGGCACCUUUGAAGUGAUUAAGAACACAGACAUUGAUUUGGAUAAAAAGAUACCAGAAGAUUACUGUCCCCUGGAUGUCCAGAUUCCCAGUGAUUUAGAGGGGUCUGCAUACAUCAAGGUUUCUAUUCAAAAACAAGCUCCAGACAUUGGUGAUCUUGGCACAGUAAACCUCUUUAAGAGACCAUUGCCUAAAUCCAAGCCAGGCUCCCCACAUUGGCAGACGAAAUUAGAAGCAGCACAAAACGUUCUUCUUUGUAAAGAAAUUUUUGCACAGCUUUCUCGGGAAGCUGUUCAGAUCAAGUCUCAGAUUCCUCACAUUGUGGUGAAGAACCAGAUCAUCUCUCAGCCGUUCCCAAGCCUGCAGCUGUCCAUUUCCCUGUGCCACUCCUCAAAUGAUAAGAAGUCCCAGAAGUGUGCCACGGAGAAGCCAGGCCCGGAGGACCACCUCUAUGUCCUGGAGCACAACUUGCACCUCCUGAUCAGAGAGUUUCAUAAACAGACCUUGAGUUCCAUUGUGAUGCCUCACCCGGCAAGUGCUCCUUUUGGCCACAAGAGAAUGAGACUUUCAGGUCCUCAAGCUUUUGAUAAAAAUGAAAUUAAUUCAAUACAAUCCACAGAGGGACUCCUAGAAAAAAUCAUUAAACAAGCCAAGCAUAUUUUUCUGAGGAGCAGAGCUGCUGCCACCAUUGACAGCUUGGCGAGUCGAAUUGAAGAUCCCCAGAUCCAGGCCCACUGGUCAAACAUCAACGACGUUUAUGAGUCCAGUGUAAAAGUUUUAAUCACAUCUCAAGGUUAUGAACAAAUAUGCAAGUCCAUCCAGCUGCAGCUGCACAUCGGUGUGGAGCAGGUGCGUGUCGUGCACAGAGAUGGCCGGGUGAUCACAUUGUCUCAUCAGGAGCAGGAGCUGCAGGAUUUCCUUCUGUCUCAGAUGUCACAGCACCAGGUCCACGCAGUUCAGCAGCUCGCCAAGGUCAUGGGCUGGCAGGUCCUCAGCUUCAGUAAUCAUGUGGGGCUCGGACCCAUAGAGAGCAUUGGCAAUGCCUCUGCCAUCACAGUGGCCUCCCCAAGUGGCCACUAUGCUAUCUCAGUCCGUAAUGGGCCCGAGAGUGGUAGCAAGAUUCUGGUUCAGUUUCCCCGGACCCAGUGCAAGGACCUUCCGAAAAGUGACGUUUUACAAGACAGCAGGUGGAGCCACCUCCGAGGGCCAUUCAAGGAGGUUCAGUGGAACAAGAUGGAGGGCCGCAAUUUCGUUUACAAAAUGGAGCUGCUUAUGUCUGCACUGAGCCCCUGCCUGUUGUGAUUUUCUCCAGAAGAACAAGUUCCUGAAACUUGGACGUUUGCAGAUC